AUGGAGGUAGGUGGGCGAAGAGAACCUAACAAAUUCAUACAAAAGCAGGAGGAUAUAUUAUGCCAACCAUGUCAAUGUGACGGUGUGGAUAUUCUAGCUGACGGUUACUGUAAAACCUGUAACGAAUAUUUUUGUUCUUUUUGUCUAAAACUUCAUAAGAGACUGUCAAUCAGUAAGGCACAUGUGAUAAUACACAAAGACAGAAUGCCGAAAGUGCCGUAUAACAGUGAUCCAUGCUUGGAAUUGUGCACUAUCCAUAAAGCUGAAAUAGUGAAAUCUUACUGUCAAAGACAUGAUUCUGUGGGAUGCAAUGACUGCAUGAUUGUUGAUCAUACAUCAUGCAAGAUUCAGCUGGUUACCGAGGUAUCCAGUAACUAUGGCAACAGCAGGGAACUUAACCUAAUCAAGCAGAGGAUUGCAGAUCUUACAGACAACAUUGUUUCUUCUAAACAUGAAAUAACUUGUACUCUGAAACGUGCACAGGAAAUGAAGAAUAAACUUACUGAAGAAAUUAAAACAUUUAGAAAAGAGUUGAAUGAUUACUUUGACAGAAUGGAAGCUAAACUUCUUGACGAAGUUGAACAAAUAACUGCUAGAGAUGUAGCAUUACAAACACAGCUUAAAGAUCAAUGUAAAACCAUGGAAAAAGAAAUUGAAGAAUUUCAAAGUAAACUUGAUCAACAUUCAGCAAAGUCGAAUCAGUUAUUUGUUACUACCAAACUGGCACAGAAAAGGCUGCAUACCUACCAGAAGGCCAUUGAAAAUAUAGCCUUUAAGCCUUCAAUAAAUGUCUACAAGUUUAAACCCUCCACAGACCUGACUGCACUGAAAGAGAACCAGACUCCCAUCGGAAUCCUCAGUUCACAAAACCCGGAAAAAACUGAACAAAGCUCAGACUAUGUCAGUGAUAUGACAACACAAUUUGUACGAAAGUUCAGUGUCCGAACUGAGACUGAGAACGACUGUUGGAUAACAGGAAUGGCGAUGAUUUCAAAUGAUGAAAUUCUGCUUGCCGACUGUCUCAAUAGAUCUCUGAAGAUCUUAAAUGUCACCGAAACCUCCAUAACUUCAAUGAUUAUGCCUCCUGGAAAGCCGUUAGAUGUGACAACAAUAAAUUCAGAAACUGCUGCAGCUACUCUAACAGAUACAGGAAAGAUCUUGUUUGUGGACACAAAAAAUGGCUUAUCUACAAAUAACAUUCUAACAGUUCGAAAAAACUGCAAAGGAAUUGAUUAUCAUGAUGGUCAUCUUGUAGUGUCCUUCUGCGGUUCCCCUCCGGCAGUCCAGAUACUGAAUAUGAAUGGUCAUAUUCUACACGAAAUUAGUGACACACAUAUAUUUCAGCAUCCUUGUAACGUAGCCUUCAGUAAAGAUAAGAAGACUGUUUUUGUCUCGGAUUUUAAGAAAAAUACAGUAAAUGAGUUAGAAAUUGAUGGAAAUCUAAAUGUUCUGGUGAAGCAUGAAAAUCUGAAUCGACCAAGUGGACUGGCCAUGACCAAAAGUGGCAGCGUGGUUGUUUGUUGUGUGGGCGACAGUGAUCGGGUCAGCAUGAUAGACACCAGUACAACAGAGGUGCUGCCGCUCUACACGCAGCAUGUAGAGAAACCAGAGUCAAUUCUGGUCCGUGAAGAUCUUAACUGCAUGUAUAUCUGUGAAAAUAGGGGAACUGUUGACAGUAACUACAUCAAAAUGUAUUAUCUGACACAGUAG